UGUUGAGAAAAAAACUUUGCCGGUUUUCCACCUUUUGAAGGUCUGUCAACUCACCUUUGCAAAGCCAGAAUCUCCUAUCACUGCUGUGGUGAAUCAUGUCGUCGGAGGAGGGGAAAGGCGCCCGCGUGGCGGUGGAGAUCGGCGAGGCGUACAGGAACCCCACGGAAGUGAAGAUGAGUCAGAUCGUGCUGCCCUGCCACUCCAAUCACUGCGGCGAGCUGAGCGCCGGGCAGCUGCUCAAGUGGAUGGACUCCACUGCCUGCCUGUCGGCUGAGAGACAUGCAGGCUGCUCCUGUGUCACUGCGUCUGUCGAUGACAUCCAUUUUGAACACACCAUCGGGGUGGGAAAUGUCGUCACCAUCAUAGCCAAGGUCAACAGAGCCUUCACGUCCAGUAUGGAGGUUGGCAUUAUGGUGACGUGCGAGGACCUCUACACUGACACUCACUGGAGGAUUUGUCAAGCAUUCGCCUCUUUCGUGGCCAGGAGAACGGAAACGGGGAAGGUGCGGCUGAAGCAGCUGACGCCUCACACGCAAAUGGAGCAGAUGGAGUACAGCCUGGCGGCAGAGCGGAGGAGGAUGAGGCUCAUCCACGCCGACAUCAUCACAGACCUGCUGAGCAGCAGCACGGCGCAGCUGGGAGAAUGCCAGGAGUACCAGGACGCCGUGCCCGCCGAGCGCACCCGAGUGGAGAGUGUGGAGCUGGUGCUGCCGCCCCACGCCAACCACCAAGUCAGCACCUUCGGGGGCCAGAUCAUGGCUUGGAUGGAGAACGUUGCCACCAUCUCAGCAAGUCGCUUGUGUAAUGCCCAUCCCACCUUGAGGAGCAUAGACAUGUUCCAUUUCCGUGGGCCGUCUCACAUUGGCGACCGACUGGUACUGAAGUCCAUCGUUAACAAUGCCUUCAAGCACAGCAUGGAGGUGGGUGUGUGCGCUGAGGCCUACCAGGGUGGAGAGCCUCAGCGUCAUAUAAAUAGUGCCUUUAUGACCUUCGAGGUAUUGGACGCUGAUCGGAAACCACGCACGCUGCCCCGGAUAAGACCUGAGCCUGUGGACGGUAAACGCCGUUAUCAAGAAGCUAUCGCCAGGAAGAAGAUCCGCCUCGAUAGGAAAUACAUCACCUCCUGCAAGCAAAAUGAAGUGCCCCUGUCUGUACCCUGGGAUCCGAGUAACCAGAUGUACUUGAGCUACAAUAAUGUCUCUGCGCUGAAACUGAUGGACACCAUAAACAACUGGGUGUUGACCUCGGAGAAAAACAAAGUGAGACUGUACACGCUGGAGGAGAACCAGACGCUGUGCUUCAAAGUGGAGAUGAACGUGAGCGUCUCAGCCCAGCAGACGUUCCACCUGCUGUCCGACCUCAGGAGGAGAAAUGAGUGGGACCGCCAUUAUCAGGCGUGCGAGGUGAUCACGCAGGCGGACGAGGACGACACCAUUUAUCGCGUCAAGACGCCCUCCGUCCGAAAAGGGGGCAAAGGCCAGGACUUUAUCUUGCUGGCAUCUUGUCGGAAACCGUGUGACGUCAGGGACCCGUAUCUGAUCGCUCUACGCUCGGUCACGCUGCCCACUCACCCCCCAACCGCGGACUACGACAGAGGAGAGGUGCUCUGCGCCGGCUUCACAAUCUGGGAGGAGUCCGUCGCUGUCACCAAGGUCACCUACUACAAUCAGGCCACACCAGGAGUUGUUCCCUACAUCUCUACGGACAUCGUGGGACUCUCCUCCUCGUUUUCCAGCGCCUUUUCCGCCUGCAGUGACUUCCUGGAGGCCAAUAAGAACAGCUUGGCCACUUCGGCUCUGCGGGCCAAAAACGCAGCGAGUACGGCCUCUCCGCGAAAGGAACCAUAGGACUCUUGUCUUUCUUUCGUAUUCAUAUUGUGUUUUUCGAUUUCACAUGGGUGACAGUGGCGCUUAGUGUUUACAUGCCGUUUUGAAUCUUUUCACCUCAGUUUGCGGGCAUUUGUGGGAAAAGGGUCAAGGAAAUACAGUGUACGGAAUGUGUCGUCGAACCUGGUACUUGUUUCAAGGACCUAAGCCGUUAUUAAGCAAGAGUGCACAAGGACUGUUAAGCCUCUUGUGUUUUUAUUAGAAGUGACUGAAUGUCAGGAAAAAUAAAAUCCAGUAGAUUAUGUUUUCCGAUUGCUUUUUAUUUCGAUUUUGUGAUUUUUAAUUGUGUAGUUUGAGCGUGCCUUGGCUUUCAUAUGUAAAACGUCAAUGGCCAAAGUAACUCUCAUUUACAUGUGUUAAUACAAUAAUAAAGAUUUAGCAGCUGGAUCGUU